AUCAUCAAGUUGUACGCGGCGGUAGCGCGAUCGCGAGCAACGAGCGUCGCCGUUGCACCGAUAUGCGCGAUCGUUUCUCGGCACGCCGCCACGUCGCCGAGAAGUACUACGAUUGCCUGCAAUGCGCCGAGCAGUGCCGUCAUGCGGAUAACAGCAACGCCAACGGCAGGAACAACAAUAAUAGCUGCAGUAACAACAAUAACAGCAAGAGCGACGGCGGAGCCAUCGCCGCCGGUCAUCGGUUUCGCGGUAAUUAUCAUCUGCCUACCUCGAGCGCAGAACUGUAUCUCGAUGAAGAGGCGCCGAUGUCUCCCGAUGAGUUCAGAAGAAUUCGAAGCGCGAGAAGCGGCACGAGCAAGUCUCUGGCGAGGCAUCAGGCCGCGCACUUGACACCGGUCAAGAAGAGGUCCUCGCUGGCGCGACCGGUUCGUGUUCACGACUCCUUCGUGCAGCCCAGGCGGCCGAUGGCAGAGGAUGAUGGUUAUCAGGACCCACAGCAGAGCGAGCAGCAGACGAGCUCGUGCAAGAACCCGUGGUGGUGGGAACGUCGGGAUCACCAGGAGCCUAACACGUCGAACUACACCUACCAUCGGGACGCCGAAGACGGGAGCGCCGGUUGGCCUAUUCGCCUGCGGCUCGAGCAGAUGCUGGAGCUGACGUUGCCGCAGACCAAGCGCAAGAGGAAGAAAAAAAAGAAGAAGAAAACGACAACGGCGACGAUGAUGCUGAUGAAGCAGCAGCAGCAGCAGCACGGCAGGCAUGGCUUCAAAGAUACCGAGAGACUUCUCAAGGUACUCAGCAUUAACAAUGUGGACCAAGAUAAUAGGUACAACGUCAAACGAUGUUCCGUCAUGUAGAGAUUAGACUGCGAUAAAAGAGAGGAGAGAGAUAAGAAAAGAAAAUAAAGCGUGUAACAGACUUCUUAAAGAAACAUCGUAGGAUACGCUCGUAUCUGAAAUCCUGCUUUCGGGCGUUACUCGCGGCCGAGUGGAACUGCGAAGAUCAAAGUUUCGAGUCUGUGCUUUCGUACUUGAUUAAUUUUCGGUAAGUUUUAUUUUAUUUUAAAAAAUUCUCUGUUUUACUUAUAGAACGCGGGAGAGAGAAGUCGCGGCGCGACGAGAAAAAUCUCCCGCGUGCAUUUAUCUUCGUCUCUUUAUUUGUCUACUUAAUUUUUCUUAUACGCGAAGUUCUCAUUUUUAUCCCCGUCGUUUAGAUUAAUUUUUAUGUCUUGGACAGUAAGUGUUCACUUUUGUAGUAACAUCUGUGUCAGACAAUCGAAAAAGGUCUGGAUUCAUUUUCGUUUUCUUACUUUUCUACGUAACGAUGUGCAAUUUGUUUCACAUUAUUGUCUUCAGUGUCAUCUUCAGUGUCGUUAAGUGUUAAUGGCGAGAAAAUUAUGCUAUUACGCGACGUUUAUUCCGAAGCAUUAUUUUUCGAUAACCAUUGCGGCCUCGAUAACGCGCAAAGCACUUAGAGACAGAAAACCGUUUCCGUUUCGUUCUUCCCUUUUCUCAGUUUAGAGAUAGAGAUUAUCUCCUUCUAGCUGCGCAUCCGAUCCGGCAUCUCCGAAAGCCAGUACACACCUUUAUUGCUUUGAUCGAACAUUUUUACUUUUAUAGGAUGAAGUGGUCAGUGUCUUGCGACUCAAAAGAAAAAGCUUAGCAGCGGCUUAUCCGCGUUAUUACCGCGUUUGCAGUGUGAGAAAUGUCGCGUUGCCGCUUGGUUUAAAAGUCGAAAAUCCACUUUAUCUCCGUGCAAAUGUACAAUCGCGCGGGGCUAAUUAAUCGUUCGCACCCGCAUCCGCGCGAAAGCGAACCAAAGAUUAAGCGUGAAAGCGAGCAAAAAAAAAAA